UGCGUUUACGUAAGCAAGACGGCGACGGAGGCCGCGAUGGCGUCGCCUCAGCGCGUGCGGGUAUUGCGGUGUUGCUCCUGUCGUCUCUUCCAGGCGCACCAGGUGAAAAAGAGUCUCAAAUGGACAUGCAAAGCUUGUGGCGAGAAGCAGUCCUUUUUGCGGGCUUAUGGUGAGGGCUCUGGUGCUGACUGUAGACGCCAUGUCCAAAAAUUAAAUCUGCUGCAGGGACAGGUUUCAGAGAUGUCACUCAGGUCUCUGGAAGAACCUGUAAAAGCCAAGGCCGGAGAAAAGGCAGGUCCACAGCAGGCUAAGGAGGAAAGAGCGCAGCCCUUAGAGAACCGCUGGCUGAAGCAUCUGGAAAAGGGCUCCGAAGAACUGGAGCCGGAAGGAGAUGUGUGUUCCGACAGACAGCUCUCGCCGCAGACAGAGGAGCCUGGCCCUCCCUUCAACAGAGACCUGCCUAGGAAAAGGAAGUGGGGUCUGAGCACGGUCCAGCCUCCAGGUGGCCCUGACGCCCGAGACUCAGGGACAAAGGAGGGCAGCUCCAAGGUCACCUCGCAGCCACACAAGGGCUACGCCAGCCUGACAGCAAGGGGCCACACAGAGGGCAGUGGCUGCCUCCAGGAGGACACUGAGGACUGGAGACCACUGCGCCCUGCCCAGCAGGUUAAUUACCCACCUUCUAAGUGGGCACAGUUUCUUCCAUCUGCAAACAGCUCACAUGUGGACACGGCGCAGCCAAGACUGCUGCGGAUGGGCCCCGGGCCUGCCGGUCCAGGAGGAGGCCUCCCAGGCAGGCCCCCUGAAGUUCCUCGGGCCACACACCCCCCCCAGCCUGGGCCCAAGAGGCCCUGCAGGAAGACCUCCGAGCCAUCCCAGGGCCCUGGGGCAUCUCAGCCCAAGGGUGGGCCCGUGGUCCAAGUGGAGGAGAGGCUCCCGUCCGUGCUUCUGUGUGACCUCUUUUCAACUGGUGAGGACUUUGACGAUGAUCUGUGAGCUGGGGCAGGUUUGUUUCUCUGCUGUCACCUGCGUCCCCUCCAGAGUGCAGUUCGGAAACCAGCUGUUCGUGGUGACCGCUCCCAUAGCAACAGGGUUCCCCUACGUGGCCUUUAUAUAGUAGGGCUGAGUACAAUUUAUGGACACUGCUGAAAGCCAACAAUAAACAUAACCGUCAGCGAUUGUUUCUCUCGCUGACACUGACAGUGAUGGCAACAUCUUUGAUUAAAUUUAAUUUUAAUUACAGAUGUUUGUUUACAAAUAUGACAAACUGGCUACAAAGGGAUUUUCUAAUUUAAAAGCAGUUGGCAUUUGGAAAUGAGAGAAUUGAGUGGUUAUGAAACAAGGAAGCAGCACUCUGUGACAACCACCUCCGACUUCCCCUUAGCGGCCUCAAUUCCCAAGCAGACCCCACCGUCCUGGGGCCAUCCUCUCCCGACUUCCCUGCCCCCUGCUCUUGCUCCUGGGGAAGGAGCCACCCUCUGCCCUGGGGAAACACUGGCAGUGCGCUAAUCAGAGCGUAGAGCAGGUUUCCAGUGGAUAAUCAACUAAAUGUCAGCAUUCUGUUAGCCAUGUAGAAAAGCAUGAAAAAGCAGGUAGCCGUUAGGAAAGCUUGUUCUGGCCUGCUGGUGUAGUCCCGGUGGGGAGGGGAAGAGGGGAGCCUGGCACAGCACCCUCAGGGUCUCCUGGCCAGGGUCCCGGUGGGAUAUCGCAGUGGCCUCGGUGCUGGUUUGGUUCUCCGAUGGCCCCCACACGCCCUCCCGUCACUGCACACGCUGCUCCCCUCACGGUGCCUGUCUACUGCCCUACGUGGCUUCACGCCUCCCGCCCCAGAUUCCAGAAGAAGAAUGCAGAGAAGCUGGCCUUAGGGAAGCUGCUGGUCUACACUAGCUCAACACAACUACCAGGCGAGAGAGGAGGAAGCUGGAGCAGGUGGGCAGAGCUGUCACAACGGCGGGGGGUGCUUCGAGUACUGGAUGGUGUCCAGGGCGGCGCCGAUGUCGUAGUCCUUGGUCUGCAAGAGCCGGGUGAGCCAGCCGCCUUCGUCGGAGAAGCCCAUGGACAGCAUGUGCGCGAGCGACUCGAUCAGCCGGGGGUCAGCCUCUGCCAGAGGAAAGGGGCCGUGAGGGAGGCCGGCGCCGGCCUGGGAGGGGUGCCCUUUAACCAGGAGCCGUAGUUCAGGCUCCGUGCGCUGCUCGGGCUCUGUCACACUCAGUCCUGCCACUGUAGCGUGAACGCAGCCGUACGCACUACAUACACAAAUGCACGGCUCUGCUCCAGUAAAGCUCCCUGUGGACACUGAAAUGUGAAUUUUCACAUCAUGAAAUAAUACUCUUUUGAUUCUCUUCCAGCUAUUAAGAAAAGUCUUGGCCCACAGGUGGGCUUCCUUUCAUGGGAACACUGGUUUACAGAUACCUGCCAGGUGACGUGCCUGCUGUCCCCUUUGCUCGGGGGGUGCCCUCUCGGCUGCCCCGGUCCCCACAUGCCCCACACCACGGGCGCGACGUGGCUCCCGCCUGGCUCCAGCGGGCCUCAGCCCCGAGCCUGCUGUGGGUCAGCACUGUCCACGAGGAGACAGGAGAUGGACGCCCAGCCCUCCCCUUAGUGCUUUCCUCUGCAUCACAGCUGCAUUCCUAGAAAUUACUAGAAUUAGCUGAGCUGCAGCCUUUCUUCAGAGACGGUAUCAUCCCGGUGAUGCCUCGACUUGGACAUUUUCACGGCCUUAGAACUGCAGAUUUCUAGGCUAAUAAAUCCCCAUUGUUAACAAAAA